AUGAACACCACCACCGCCACCAUCGUCGCCGACAACACCGAAGAAGCCAAGCUGCAAUACUUGGCUAGCCAAUUGGCCGAGGGUCAACGCCAAGAGGCCUUGGCCAAGAGCCAGGCCGUCUACCAGAGCCAAGCCGCCUACGUUUUUGAAGCUCAGCUUCACUACCUUGCUGCCCAAUUAGCCGAGGGCCGUCGUCAGGCCAUGUACGAGAGCUACGGCCAAACCCAACUAGCCUACAGCCCAGCCACUCCAGUCCACGCCGCCCAAACCGCUCAACCCUACCCUACUCCGUCAGCCAGCCCCUUCGACUCGGCCUACGGUAGCCAAUGCGAAGACCGGCUGUCUCCUGGCUCUUCAAAUGAAAGCCAGGACAGUUACCCAGUUUGGUGCUAUACCGACUGGUACGGUCAGGAUUCGUCGUCUGACUACGAUUCGGAUGAGAGCAGAAGAAUCAGCCCGGUCCAGCCAUUCCCAUCAUGCAUGAAUGCUGAGCCGUUCAUAGAAAGACCGGCCAAGAAGGGAAAGCAGCAUCCUUUGAUGCCGCAUUCGAAUGUGGACGCCCAGCCCUUCUACCCGGCAGUAUUUUUGGAAGAGGAAGAACGGUGGAACCUGCAUUUGCAGUAUUAG